AUGGAAGAAACAAUGACCCGGCUGGAAUCAGAGACUGAUCAGGAAAAUGAAACUCCCCACCCCUCUCGGUCAAAUCUUCGUGAUGAAGAAAGAUCGGAGCCUGACGCCGGCCAAUCUUCAAGAAAGGAAGUCAGCGCCACCUCUCCACCAAAGUCCCCGGCUAGGACUUCUUCAAGUAAGUCCCCUGACCGACAACACAAUGAUAUUGAGACGGAUAAUUUGGUGUCUAGUCAAAAUGAUCCUCCCCGCAACGAUCCUCCCCGCAAUGAUCCUCCGGCAGAGUCUGCCAUAUCUAAAGAAAUGAUCAAGGCAUGCUUCGAGGAAUUCUUCCGAGACACCAUUGCACCAUGGAAGGCUAAGAUGGAAGAAUACACAGAAUCAUCGCACCGGAUGAUUGACUCUGUGAAUCAACGGAUUGAAACCAUUGAAGAAGGAAAUGCUCAAACCGACUCCUCUUUAAAAGCAGUUUCGGCACAGCUUGAAGAACUCAUCGCGGCUAAGAUGGCCGCCGACGAAGUAAGAAUCAAGGAAAAUGAAAUAGCAGCCCUGAAGAUUCAGGAAGAAGAGAAUGAAAGACUAAGAAUUUUGAAGGAAAGGGAACAAUCGGAUGCGGCAAUGGCCCGACAGGUUCCUGAAGAAGAAAAUGACGAGCCGACACAGAAUGCAGUUCCAUCCUCUACUUCGGCUAUCCACACAACCCGAGCCAAGACAAAGAAGAGAAAACAAGCCGAAAGGGAAGCGGCCAAAAGAGCUCAAUCGGUGAUGGACGACUUUGCUGAACUGACGGGUGUAUCACAUGUUAACUUAGAACAAUCGGACUCCGAUGAAGAUGAGGAAAAUGUUCCUCCGCUGCAGAAACGAACGCGGGUUAUUCUGAUCAAUGUAAAGCCUCUUCGCGCAGUUUCUCCAAGUUCCCUGCCUCAAAGAUCUCCGGCCCAUCAAGCACUUCUUUCAACACGGCGUGCACCGGCAACCGGUCGGUCAGGCAAUCGAGCAUCCUCUUCCAGGCCAGGCUACGAUCCGUGCACUCCAGGGAGAGGGCUGAUGUCUAACUAA